CUAAGGUCUUUGAAGACCAACUUUGAGGAAAGAGAGGGAAUGGGAUACUACACAUGGAAUACAUUCGCCUUAAUGUUGUUGGUUCUGUGUUGUGUUGAAACAACAAUCAGCAGUGGAUCACCUUCCAGGGGUCACGUACCGCCACCUAUGGUACGAAUCGAUGCAGGCACUCGAUCCCGCUAUGGUGUUCGGGGCAGGCAUGGUAGUAACGCUAAUCGCCAGAUGAGAACACGCUCCCUAAGGAAAGAAGAACUACUUAAAAGGUCUGAAGUGAUCAAAAAUAUCCUCCUGAACUAUGACAAUCGGAUCUCCCCUCAUUUUGAUCCAGACGUACCUACCAAAGUAAAAGUACACAUGUAUGUCAACAGCUUCGACUCCAUUCGAGAAUCGUCCAUGGACUUCUCAAUGAAUUUUAUCAUCACACAAAAAUGGAAUGAUCCCAGGUUAAAAUUUUCCACGGGUACAGAUGAAAAUCUGGAACUGGAUACAAAAUUUAUGGAUAGAAUCUGGGUACCGGAUUUAUAUUUUGCCAAUGAAAAGGAAGCAAACUUCCACAAUAUCACUGUACCAAACCGUAUGAUGCAUCUUCAUUCUGAUGGCACUGUUCGAUACAGAGUAAGAUUAACUAUGACAGCCACAUGUCCGAUGAAACUGGAAAAGUUCCCCCUUGAUAUACAAACUUGCUCGAUAUUUAUAAAAAGCUUUGUAUACACACCGGAUAAUGUUGUGUUUGAAUGGGAUGACGGUUCGGCCGUUACACACAACCGACAAAUGGAGUUGUCUCAAUUCACCAUUUAUAAUAUCACAUUUGGCGACUGUCAUAGAGACUAUGAAGAAAACAACUUUACUUGUAUCUCAACCAGUUUCCAUCUCCAACGGAAGUAUGCCUAUUACAUGCUGCACGCCUACCUCCCCAGUACAUUGAUUGUGGUGAUAUCGUGGUUGUCGUUCUGGCUACCCACCGAAUCCACCGCUGCCAGGAUCUCCCUCAGCAGCUUGACAAUCCUAACAAUGAUUACCCAGAGACAGAGCAACAGCGGGGACCUACCCCCAGUCUCCUACAUCAAGGCCAUUGACAUAUGGACAGUGGCCUGCCUUCUUUUCGUCUUUGCUGCUUUUGUCGAGUACACGUUGGUUUGUUUCUUCUCUCGACAAGACUGUCACGUCCUUACCAUCUCGUUGACGGGAGCCAAAGAAUCGAUUUUCGCCACUUCAUCGAAUCAGAGUCCCAAAGAUACAGAUAUAGGAAUAACAAAUGUGCAAGAAGGUGCGUCGGACAAUCCUUACACAUUGGACAACGACAACGUCACCUUAGAUGUCACUGUACCAAACCCUAUAGCCAAACAAAGAGCGAAACGAGUCGACGUCAUAUCACGUGUUGUCUUCCCGACACUCUUCGCAAUUUUCCUCAUUCCUUACUGGUCCAUCUAUUUGCGUUAGAAGACGAUCGCAUUGACGCCAAUGACAUUCUUCUUACUCUUAUUGUUACUCUUGAUAUUAUAACUAUUACCACCUACAUUAUUAUUGUUAUUGUAAUAAUGGACAAUAAUAAUAACAACAACAAUAAUACUAAUAAUGAUUACUAUUGUUAUUAUUAUU